AUGGAGAGCCUCAGUACUAAGAAUCUGGGCAGCACAGUGGUGCAGAAAAUUCGAGCAAAAGGCUCCUUGAGAAAUCUUGCCGAUGCAGGACGAAAUCUUAUUCCCAGAGUGGCUGGCAAGCUUGAUGUUGCCCCUGUUUCUGACAUCAUUGAAGUUAAGUCCCCAAAUACUUUUGUGAGAACUAUCUAUGCAGGAAAUAUUAUUUGCACUGUGCAGUGUGAUGAAGCAGUCAAAGUGUUUACUGUACGGGGAACUUCAUUUGAGGCUGCACCAGCAAGUGGUGGUAGUGCCAGUGUAGAAAAGUUGACGCCCCCCGCGCCCGUCGGGAUCUCGGAGUGGAUUGAGCAGAAGCUGACCAAGAGCGACCGGCCGGAGCUCACCAGCGCCAAAGUGGUGGUGUCAGGGGGGCGGGGCUUGAAGAGUGGUGAAAAUUUUAAGUUGUUGUAUGAACUUGCGGAUCAAUUGAAUGCUGCAGUUGGAGCUUCCCGUGCAGCUGUUGAUGCUGGCUUUGUUCCUAAUGACAUGCAGGUCGGACAGACGGGCAAAAUUGUAGCACCAGAACUUUACAUUGCUGUGGGAAUAUCUGGAGCAAUCCAACACUUGGCUGGAAUGAAAGACAGCAAGACCAUUGUUGCUAUUAACAAGGAUCCAGAAGCUCCCAUUUUCCAAGUGGCAGACUAUGGACUGGUAGCAGACUUAUUUCAGGCGGUGCCAGAGAUGACGAAGCUCCUGAAGAAGAAGUGA